CCGCCGGAAGUGACGCAAGGCAGCGGCUGAAGCGGUUGUGACGGAUCGUGGAGUCCGGCCGGCGGUGUGCGAAGGAAGGAGCCGGGCUGUGGCGUGCUCGGGGGAUGUUCCAGGCCGCCGGUUCCCUGGGUGGGGCCUGGAGAGUAGCUGAGGGCCGAGCCGAGUGUGCUGCUAAUUAAAGCCAGUUGUCUUCCAGAGAAUACUCCAUGAUCUGAGAUUGGUCAGAGCUUACAAAUUUGACAUGAAGAUGGAGGCGGUUGGGAAAAGUGAAGAGCUUUUAGAUUCUGAAGUGCCUCCUCAAAUCACUCCGCAGAAGGUGAAUACUCAGUUGGAAGAGAGCUCUCUAGAUAUUCAGCCUGCUUCUCUGAAGGAUGGAGUGCAGGAGGCACCAGACUCUUCGGGGCUUUCUUCAAUGCCUUGCUUGUUGAAGGAAUUGCGAAGAGACUCUUCGGAGUCCCAGCUAGCAUCAACUGAAAGUGACAAACCAACAGCUGGCCGCAUUUAUGAGAGCGACUCAUCAAACCACUGCAUGCUUUCUCCUUCUUCCAGCGGACACCUGGCUGACUCUGACACAUUGUCUUCCGCAGACGAAAAUGAGCCACGUCAUACACAAGCAAUAACAGAAGGUUGCGAUGCUGCUGCUCAAGGUGGUGGAGUGGCCCGCAAAUCUAGAAGGUCCCGAUCAGAGAGUGAAACAUCAACUAUGGCUGCCAAGAAAAACCGUCAGUCUAGUGACAAACAAAAUGGCAGAGUUACCAAGAUCAAAGGUCAUAGAAGCCAAAAGCACAAGGAAAGAAUUCGGCUUUUGAGGCAGAAGAGAGAGGCGGCUGCUCGUAAAAAGUACAACCUUCUUCAGGAUAGUAGCACUAGUGACAGUGACCUAACCUGUGACUCCAGUACAAGUUCCUCUGAUGAGGACGAAGAGGUUUCAGGGAGCAGUAAGACAAUCACAGCAGAUAUACCAGCUGGCUUCAGUCGUGCUGGGGGAUCUUCAGGAACGCCAGGCGAUAUUCCAGGAUUUCUUGAAAGGGGCACCGUAUGGGAUAGAAACUGCAUAGGCAAUGUCCUGGAGGAAGCCAUGAACUGUUUUGCAGAGAUGCAGAGGCAGACUGAGGAGAAGUUUCGGAUGUGGAUAGAGAAACUCACCCGACUAGAUACGGACGAAGAGAGCAAGCAACAACUGGAGCCCAGGGAACCUAAACUUCAGCUCUCUGGCCAAAGAGUUUCUCCAAGCAGCCCAUCAACACCAGAGACCCCAGUGUUACCACAACAGUCCUUUGGCUCCUACAUGAGCUAUCAAAAUGUUGACACUCUAGAUUUCCCUACAGGCCUAAACAAUAACAAUUUUCCAACUACCUAUCCAGAAAAUGGUAACAUAGCCGAGCAGGAUUUAAACCAGUCAUAAUCUCACCACCCAGCUCCACUUGAUCUUAUUUAGUCCCUAUAAAUUGCACAAACAAAGUGCUAUUUUGUGUAUUCAUUAUUCUAUUUUUUAAGAAGAGGCUAAUAAUUCCCUUACCAAAGCUUGGCAGAAUUUUAGUGGAAUGUCUGAUGUAUACUCUCAUACAAGCAUUCCAUACCUGAUUCAUAUGUGCAUGACACAUGACCUGGCCUCGGACUAAGCAAGCAAUCUAUAUAGCUCUGUAAAAUGGACAAUUUGAUAAUCUCUAUUAUAAAGAAGUAUACCCAACGCUGUUAAUCGAAUGUUCUAGUUAGAUGUUUUGUUUUCUUAACAUUUUUAUUUGUAUGGUCUGUUACUUUAGGUCUACAGACCAAUUUAGUGUUUAUGGCAUUGACCUGAUUGCAGGCAUUUUUUUAAAUGCUCACACCCGAUUUAAAAUGAUGUAAUGCUGCGGUAGUGCUUGAAUAAUUUUUAUGAAUGACUGAUAAGAGUAUAAUGCAUUGUUUCCCUUUAACUGAUACAUUCUACCUAUUGUAUUACUAUUACAGUAUUUAUUCUCAGCUGUUACUAAGCUGGCUUUGUUAAAUCAGGAGUAACUAUGAGCGGUUAGAUAAACAUUGGGGCUGUAUUAUAUCUACUGUAUGAGGACUAAUUCUAAUCAUUUUAAACCGUACAUGCAGUCUGACAUUGCCUGCCUGGUGUAUCUUCUUGCUGUAACAGGAAUAUCAUUGCAGAUUGUUAUACUAGAGCACAUAAAUUGUGCAGUGUGUUUUACAAUACCAUUUACCAUAAUUUUAAUAUCCAUCUUCGGUUUUGUUUUUCUUUGUUUUUUUUUUGUUUUUUGUCGUUCUUCCCCCACCAAUCUCCUUUUAACGCUCAACUGUCUACCGACACUAGUGAACUAAUUUUUAUGGCUCCUUCUUUGAUUGACUAUUGAUCCCAAAAACAUCUAAAGUGCAUUAUCUUAACCUACACUAUUGCUAGGCUGCAGUGAUUCUUGAAUAGCCAUGCUACUGUGCUCUUGUAGCAGCUAAAAUACCCAAGGAGAUCUACUCUGUCUAGAGUUCUGCAAUGUUCAGUUUUUUUUGUUGGCUUUUAAGGAAUACUCCAAACACCAUAAUGGCAUGCUGUAGUUGCUAUGGUGCCAGGAAUGCACUGGCGCUUCCCAUUGUAAAUAGUCCAACCUUUAUUUAGCAUGUUUUUUCUUACCAACUCUACUGAUGACCAAGCCAGAAGCUUUCUUAGAAGCUUCCUGUGCAAAGUCCUUUUUUGAGAUCAGGGUGUAGAUUUAUUGCCAAACAGAAUUUAAUGUGAGGUCGAUUCCCUUUCAACUAUCAUUCACCUUCUGAGUGCAACUUGUUUUGUUUCUCACCAAACUGUGGCCCACACACAAAAUGGUUACUGUUGUGGCACUGCUUUUGCCAGUAAAAUUCAAACUCCAAAAACAUUGGGGAAGUUUAGUCUUUGUAGAAUUUCAAUCCAAACCUCUGAGAAGCAUGGAAUCCAAUAUUUCUCUACUUUAACUUGUUGCUGAGUAGAAGUCAGUUAUUCGUGAAUAAUCCCUGUGGUUUUUACCUUUUAAGAUGAUACAACUUUGAGACUUCUCUUCAAAGUUUUAUUUUCUAUUGUAGCGUGUAUAUUUGUUUCCCCUCCUUUAUUUUAUACAUGCAUAGCUGAGUGAAUAUGUUAAAUCACAUCUCCCACUCUAAAUUAUUAUACAAACUGAACUUAUUAGUAUUUUACCUUGUUAAAGGAUCACUAUAGUGUCAGGAAAACAAAGCGGCCUUCCUGACACUAUAGUGCACUGAGGGUGCCCCACGUGUCACUGAAGGGGUUAAAACACCCUCAGCCACUUACCUUAAUCUAGCGCCGGACUCCCUCCUUCUUCUAGCCAUCAUGAUAUUAGAGUUUGUGUGGCAACAAUGAAGUAUUAGAACAUGUAUUUGCUCCAACAUUACCUGUGAAAUAGUCUUUGAUAUUGUUUUACUGUCCCUAAUGAUUUAAAAAAAAAACUAACAACCAAGCUGCCUCUAGCGCUCAUCUC